UAUCUAACACGCUUUUCUCCAUCUUUUCACAAUCUACACACCGCCCCGCCAUUUCUCUGAUCACCCGCCGUUUAUUUCAAAAGAAUUCCCUUAACUUACUCCGCCUGCGCAUUUUAGCGCCAAACAAUCUAUCUGCAUCUUUCUCUCAAAACAAAGGAUUAGGGUUUUAAUUUUUGGCAAAUAACGGUCAAAUGGGAAACAAGAUGACCGACGAGCUACUGACCACAGUUAGAUCAAUCGUUGGCCCUGAAUUCUCGGAUAUGGACAUAAUCAGAGCUCUUCACUUGUCCAAGAACGACCCUUCAGCAGCUAUCAACAUAAUAUUCGAUACUCCUAACUUCAAUUCAAAAUUAAAACCCCAAACACCCUACAAAACCCCCAUUUUAGAAAACCCUAAUUCUAAUCCUACAAAGGAACCAAAACUGGUAAGUAAAGAGAAUGAGAAUCGCAAUAUCAGCGUUCAUAAUUCGGAUAACAUUGAGGAUAAUUGUAUAAAUGAGAAUGGGAGUGAAUGGUGGUAUGCGGGGAGUGGCGACGUGGCAGGGUUGUCGACGAGUAAAGGAAGAAAAUUGAAAGCUGGUGAUGGAGUUAUAUUUACAUUUCCAUUGAAAAGUAGUAAUACUUCAAAUUCGCCUUCGCAAGGGAAGGCUUUUGGAAAAGGAAGACAACCAGCUACUGCUUGUUCCGAGAUUGUUAGGUUUUCCACUAGAGAUAGUGGAGAGGUUGGUCGAAUACCUAAUGAGUGGGCUCGGUGUCUUUUGCCGCUUGUUAGAUACAAGAAGGUCAGAAUUGAGGGUUACUGUAAGUCAGCCCCUGAUAUACUGGGGAUAAUGGAUACUAUUCUUUUGUCAAUAAGUGUAUACAUUAAUAGUGCUCUGUUCCGCAUGCACCAGCAGACCUCCCUUAAGGCAGUCAGCAAUCCAACUGAGGAAACAAUUGUUCAUCCUCUUCCAAAUUUGUUCCGCUUGCUAGGAUUGACCCCUUUUAAGAAGGCAGAAUUUACACCUGCUGAUUUGUAUACAAGGAAGCGACCUUUGAACUCAAAGGAUGGUUCUGGUAUUCCUGCAUUAUUGUUACAUGUCAACAAGUCGAAGAAUCAAUCAAAAGAUGGAAGUGAAGUUGAGAAUGAGGAUUCCAUUUCAGAUACUGAUCUUGAUAAUAUUGUUGGUGUUAGAGAUAGCUCUGAGUUAGAGGAAAUGGAUCCUCCAAGUACACUUCAGUGUGAACUAAGGCCCUACCAAAAACAGGCACUACAGUGGAUGUAUCAGCUGGAGAAGGGAAAAUACACAGAUGAGGGAGCUACAGCACUUCAUCCAUGUUGGGAGGCUUACCAUCUGGCAGACCAGAGGCAGCUUGUUGUCUAUCUGAAUACAUUUUCAGGUGAUGCUACAGUGGAAUUUCCAAGCACACUUCAAAUGGCCAGGGGAGGAAUUCUAGCAGAUUCUAUGGGACUUGGGAAGACCAUUAUGACCAUAUCCCUUCUACUUGCUCAUUCAGAAAGGGGUGGGACAUCGAGUACUCAAUUUAUGAGUCAGCUGUCCACUGAAAAUUCUGAUGUCAAGGAUACUUCAGAUCAACUGCCAAAUCCCCCGAAAAACACUAAAAGAUUUUCAGGCUUUGACAAGUUGAUGAAGCAAAAGAAGAUUCUUGUAAACGGUGGCAAUCUGCUUAUAUGCCCUAUGACUCUCUUGGGCCAGUGGAAGGCAGAGAUAGAAACUCACACACAGCCUGGUUCUUUGUCUGUAUAUGUUCAUUAUGGGCAAAGUAGAGCAAGGGAUGCAAAACUCCUGUCCCAGUAUGAUGUUGUAAUAACUACAUAUGGAGUAUUAGCUUCAGAGUUUUCAGCAGAGAAUGCUGAAGAUAAUGGGGGACUUUACACAGUUCAAUGGUUUAGGGUGGUUCUUGAUGAGGCACAUACCAUAAAAUCUUCAAAAAGUCAAAUUUCUAUUGCUGCUGCUGCUCUGGUUGCUGAUCGCCGCUGGUGUCUCACUGGAACACCUAUCCAGAAUAAUUUGGAGGACAUAUACAGCCUUCUUCGGUUCCUGAAGGUGGAACCUUGGGAAAGUUGGGCAUGGUGGAAUAAACUCGUCCAAAAACCAUUUGAGGAGGGUGACGAGAGAGGGCUGAAGUUGCUUCAGUCGAUUUUAAAGCCAAUUAUGUUAAGGAGAACAAAGUCUACCACAGAUCGAGAAGGCAGGCCAAUACUGGUUCUUCCUCCUGCAGAUAUUCAGGUGAUUUACUGUGAAUUGACUGAAGCAGAAAGAGAUUUCUAUGAGGCUUUGUUUAAAAGAUCCAAGGUGAAGUUUAAUCAAUUUGUAGAGCAAGGGCGAGUUCUUCAUAACUAUGCUUCUAUCUUGGAGUUACUCUUGCGUCUUCGGCAAUGCUGUGACCAUCCAUUUCUUGUGAUGAGUCGAGGUGAUACACAAGAAUAUUCUGACCUAGACAAGCUAGCAAAGCGCUUCCUUAAAGGUGGUCAGAAUAUGUUGGAAGGAGAGGCCAGAGAUGUGCCAUCACGGGCGUAUGUUGAAGAGGUUGUAGAAGAGCUGAGGAAGGGGGAUCAGGGAGAGUGUCCAAUAUGUCUUGAAGCAUUUGAAGAUGCAGUAUUGACACUUUGUGCUCACCGCUUAUGCCGGGAAUGUCUCUUGGCAAGCUGGCGAAAUUCUACUUCUGGUUUAUGUCCUGUUUGUAGGAAAAUUGUCACUAGGCAAGAACUCAUUACAGCUCCAACUGACAGUCGCUUCCAGAUUGAUAUUGAGAAAAAUUGGGUGGAAUCAUCCAAAGUAAUUGUUCUCUUGCAAGAACUUGAAAAUCUUCGUUCAUCAGGCUCUAAGAGCAUUCUCUUCAGCCAAUGGACUGCUUUUCUGGAUCUCUUACAAAUUCCUCUUUCAAGGAGUGGUAUAUCGUAUGUUCGUCUUGAUGGGACUCUAAAUCAGCAGCAGCGAGAAAGAGUAAUAAAACAGUUCUCAGAAGAUGACAGCAUCCUGGUAUUACUGAUGUCAUUGAAGGCUGGUGGUGUUGGGAUAAAUCUAACAGCUGCUUCCAAUGCCUUUGUCAUGGAUCCUUGGUGGAAUCCAGCUGUAGAGGAACAAGCUGUCAUGCGGAUUCAUCGUAUUGGACAAACAAAACCAGUGAUGAUCAAGCGCUUCAUUGUGAAGGGAACUGUUGAGGAAAGAAUGGAGGCAGUGCAAGCGCGCAAACAGCGGAUGGUUUCUGGUGCCUUAACUGAUCAAGAAGUUCGAACUGCACGUAUUGAAGAGCUGAAGAUGCUUUUUACGUAAAGUGAAUGGAUGUCUUGCAUUGAUAAAAGGAAGCACAUUCUCCAUGGCUUCACCAGCUCCUCGGGUCAACACAUCUAAAGGUGCUUUUUACAGGGCACAGAAUUUUUUGAAGCAGCAAGGCUCCAAGAUGUCUUCGUUCAGUGCCAAGUUUUUGUCCUCGAGGUCAAGUUGCUGGUGGCUGGCAAAUUUGGUUCUCCAAUUACUACAAGCUUUGAUUAUUUAAUACAACUGGGGGUUGGCUCUAGCCACAAAUGAAAUUGUGCUUCUGUGCAGUGAAGGAUGAAGGAUCAUGUCUCUAUGACUGAUUCUUACAAUUCGGCAUCCAUCCAGAAUGAUAGAAGAUCUCUAUUUGGCAGUAUUUCAAACAGAAUCAUUUGUUUAUAUAGUAAGAAAAUUCUUGAAGGUGAGUAUAUCCAAAUUUAGGACUUCAGAAUUGCAGUGUAAGGACUGGCUGCCAAUUACCAUUGUGCAUUGCUAUCACCAAGAAGUACUGGAUUUUCCUUCACAUAUGCUCGGAAAGGAGAGCAGAUCUACUAAUUCAUAGUAAGAGGGGUCUUGAACUAAAAUAGAUUCUGUAAGCUAAAAAGAAAGUAGCUUGAGCAAUUAAAUUACUUGAACUCUUUUAUAAAUUAUUUGAUCUUUCA